AAACUGGAUAAAGCCUAUAAGGACAGGGAGGUAGUCUAAUCACAAAGCAGAGCUAAUAGCAGGCUAGGAACCAUCACACAACAGGGUAAGAUAGACUUGUGGAAAUCCUUACUUACAUAGCAUCAAUAACAGACACAAUCUACACUUCAUACACUUCACUUCUCCAGAAGCCAUCCUCACUCACGCACACAUAUCUUCAGACACACAGCUUGAGUCCAGUCCAGACCCCUGAGUACAGCUCAGGUUAUCGGUGACCAGUCAUGAUGUCUACCGUGGGCAUUGCCAAGAUCCUCUUCUGUGUUCUGUUCCUCUACAGCUGUUGCCAUGUGAUUCAGGGCCAGAUGGUGAUGGACUGCUGUCUGUCGGUCAGUCAAAGAGAGAUCCCUAGACACGUUGUCAUAGGUUACCAGCCUCAGGUCAGAGGUCAAGGCUGCUCCAUCGGCGCUGUGGUCUUCACUACCAGGAGGGGACUCAAGCUGUGUGCUCCCACUGACCCCACCUGGGUUACAGACCUGAUGAAUUUCAUGGACCGCCUCAUCAAGAAAUGCCACGAAACCAACUUCAAGGCUAAACACUGUAAGAAGCUGAAGCACAAGACUCCCUAAGGUCCCUGUCGGAGCCCCUCCUACCACCACCACCUCCACCCCCAUCUCCCGGUCAAAACAACCACGACAGAGCCCGAGAAGAACCUUCCAAGUGGGUGAAGAACAGGGUGGGAGAAGUAAAACAACACAAAAAGACUAAUGUGAUUCCUCUUACCACUAAUGCACUUUUUAACUUUCCUUCUGUCUUCAGUCUUUAGUUUAUACAACAGACCGUCUUGCUUAAGAUACCAUGCUGUUUCUCAGUGGCACGUUUUUUUUUGUUUUUUUUAUGUGACAAAAUAUUGAAUGAUAAUAUUCCAAAAAGAGUAGACCCUUGACCCCAAAUUUGAACUGGCCCUUAAAGCUACAGUCUGGGAUUUGAAAAGCAACAAAAUGGCAGAAGUAAUUGAAAUGACCAGAUUCCUAGAUCCCAGACUAAUUUUGUCAUCAAAUACAAAUUUAUUUGUCACAUGCUUCAUGAACAACAGCUGUAUUCUAACAGUGAAAUGCUUACUUACAUGUCAUUUUCCAACAAUAUAGGGUUAAAGAUAAAGAUACUAAAAUAUAUAAUAUAAAAUCAGAAUCAGAAAUCAGAAUAAAUCAGGGGUUAGAGGUCAAGGGUCAAGGUGCUGGCAGCUGGUUAGAACACCAAUUUGCCUAAUCUAUACGUACAUCUCAGAGAAUUCAAUAUUUCUUAUCAUUUGUGAACCUACAAUGUAUUUGACAAAUUCUUAUUUUUUCAUGGACCUUUUGUUUUUUCAAUAAAGACUUUGCCAAAUCAA